AACCAAUAUCCAACUUCAAACUUGGUAAAAAAGUAUGAUUUGUACAGUAUUUUAAAUUAUUUUUAGCAUUUUUUAGGGCGAAAAACUUUAAAAUCUUCGUUUCUCUACUCAUUUAAACAAUAAUUGCAAAGAUGUUGGCCUAGUUCAUCUUCUGAGUGACAGAUACUGAUUGAUGUUGAUGGCUUCCUUUUUGUCCAACACAGGUGUACGCUGAUCAAUAAUUUUCCAUUUCUUCAAGAUGGCGAUGGCAUCGAAGGAUAGUUUGAAGCGGAUGAUACUGCAAUUCAGAGUAUCCGAACUUCAGUCCUUGCUGGCGUUUGCGGGCGAACCCAUAAUGUAUGGAAAGAAGAAAAAGGAUCUUCAAAAGAAAGCUUUGAAUUUGAUUACUACGAAAAAAAUAGCCUCACUGCAUAACAAAAUUUUCUCGCUUUAUCAAAAUCUCAACAAUAAGAAUCACAGCAGCGAUGACGCAAACGACACGCCGUAUUUUCCUACCUACAAGGAUAAGUUCCGAGAUUUCAGCAAGAAUUUUAUGAACAAUUGGCAAUCCAGUUACGUUACGAGGGACAGAGGUUCUGGUUAUUUCAGCGAUUUCGCUGACGGCUUAACCGACAACGAAUGCGGAUCGUCUCGAUUAGUCGCGAUGCAAAAAAGUUACGAAAAAGUAACCGUGGAUAUGGAUGAUAUUGAAUUUAAGAAUUUACCAUUUUUCGAAUUCCAGAAAGAAUUAUCGAGAGUGACAGCUCUAAAACCGAAGAAAUUAGACGAUGACGUUUUCGAAUUCGGAGGUACGUUUACUUUGGAUUCGGAAUGGAUAUCGCGGUUAGAAUCUCCGUACCAAAUUCAAAUUCGAAUAUGCAACUUGACGAAUAAUAUUACGGAAGUCAGCGAUUCGUUACCGUUAUCGUUAUGUGUACAAGUAAAUGAUAAAUGUUCGUCGUUACCGCCACCAAUCCCAUCUACAAAUAGACAAGGGAUGCUGUUGAGACGUAUGAAUGUUCCUAUCAAUAUAACUUCCGAAGUGCAUCGAAGAAGUGGCGUCAAUAAGUUGAUGAUCAGUUGGUCGAUAGAAGACGAAGAAUUGUACGCUUUUACGAUCCACAUAGUGAAGAAGUUCACCUCGGACGAGCUGAUACAAAAACUCAAAGAUAAAGGCGAACGUGAUCCGGCCAUCACGAAGAAAGUCAUCGUUGAUAAUUUGAACGACGACGAAGACGAAAUCGCAGCCACAUCGUUGAAAAUAUCCUUAGUAUGUCCGUUGGGUAAAAUUCUAAUCCAGCUUCCGGUACGUGCCACCACUUGCAAUCAUUUACAGUGCUUCGAUGGUUCGUUGUAUAUCAAAAUGAACGAUGUAAAAAGUACGUGGCAGUGUCCGGUAUGCAAUUCGUCUUGUUUUUACGAAAAUCUCUUCAUCGACGGAUUCUUCACCAAUAUUUUGAAAAGCGACUCUUUCGUCGAUAGCGUUACGGAGGUGGAAGUGGACGCCGAUGCAAACUGGUCACCCGUGUUACCAAAAAAACGUAAAAUUUCCGAUGCUAGCUCACCCCCUGCUGUUAAAAAAUCACUCGUCGUACCUGCUUCUUCUCCUCCACCCAGUCAACCAGAACCCCCGAUCGUACCGGAGCCAUUGAACGAGAUCGAAAUGGAAGUUGUGCCACCGCCACCGGCACCGAAAACUAAAAAAACCGAAGUAGAUCUAGUAUCCGACGACGAUGAUUCGUCCAACGACGUAGCCAACGAUUUACAAGACUUUUACCAUCAGUAUAACAAAGAUGCCGAGCUAUUCAGCUAUAGAGCAGCUUUUCCUAGUUUACCACCUUUUUCAGAGGUGAAUAAUCAUUUUCUAAGUACCAAAGCGGACAAUUGUCGCGACUCGAGAGCUGCUGUUCCGGUCAUAGUAUCGCCGUCGAAAAAUAAAUCUCAGAAGAAAAACGUAAUAGAAGUCGAUCUAACACUCAGUGAUUCCGAUUCCGGCCAAGAUGUUCGUAGUUUAUCUGAAUCCGAUGAUAAUAGUUACGAUUCCGAUUCGUCGUAUACGCCUUCCGUUGUCCAAGGUAAUUCCUCUGGACCCCCUUGUUACGAUAUUGAUGAUUCCGAUUCCGAUUUCUGAACCCGUACGUCGUGAAAUUAUAUUGUAUAGAUACGUGUUUUAGAUUUGUGAUAAUCGUGAUUUGUGAAUAUUCGAUGUAUAGCAUGUUUUCUUCUCCCUUCUUUUUGGUCUGUACUAUAUUGUGAUAUUUUAUCGUUCUUAUGUCGUUUAUUUGUCUAAAAUUUGAAUGAAUAUUUUUCGUUUUUUUGUGUUCUUAUUACAAUUUUACGAAGAAAAUUGUAUCAAUUGUAUCUAUUUUAUCGGUUUACGUAGUCUACUUCCCUUUUUAAUUUCGUGCUACGAAGUAAUAUAUGUACUUUUUCAUUAUUUAACGUUCUAGUAGACAUAUUUACGCUUCUUUUUUCAACCUACGUAGGAACCGAUUUAUUUCUCAAUUCGAAAAAAUACCUCCGACGGUAUGAUUGUUGCCGAGUCGUUUCUUACCUUUUUUUUUUUGUUUCAUAAUUUUUUAAAUCGCUAGUUUUAUAAGAACACUCACACAAAAUGGUUUUCCUUUUUCUAAACAUUAUAUUUUUUAAUGUAGGUAUUUUUUUACAAUACUUUGCGAAAAGGCAAUAGAAUAAGGUAGCAGUUCUGGAAAUCUGUACAUUUUGUGCAUUUUAAUACUGUAUAGUUAUUUCUAUUUCGGUUGUUCUAUGCACUUGAUAAUUAUUUAUACCGGAAAGUAUGUAAAUAUCUGAAUCUUGACGUAUGGAAAUAUUUUGUGUAGUGUUUUUGUUACUUUAUUCUCGAUAGAAUCCAUCAUUUAUUGUUAUCCUACAAUUUUUAUUAAGUAUUUUGUCAUAAUAAAUUUAUCAAGUGAAA